CUUUUUUUUCAAGUGACCUCACGUUGACGCUCAUACGCCUGAUUUUCAUCUUUGAAGGACAAAGUUUCUGUCAUGAUUGUUGUCUUGUGUCAAUUUGCUUCUCUUUAACCUGAAGUGCCACUUGAAAAAACAGCACACACCCAACUACAUUUUUGAAAAAUGUCUCUUUCCUUGUUAAAUUACCACUCUUUUCCCAUAAUGUUAUGACUUCAUUCUUGUAAAUAUUGUCUUAUAAUUUCUCCAAAAUGUUUGACUAUUUUUUCCUCAUAAUAUUACAACUUUACUUUUACGACUGCUUGUAAAUGUAAGUAUUUUUUUGUAUUUUGGCCUUAAUGGCCGUUGUAGUUUAUGACUGGAAACUGUAAUAUUUAAAAAUCAUCAAUGAUUCUAAAAUCAUUCAUUGAUAUAGAGGGCCUAGAUUGGCUAUUAUCCUGAAAACUUACUCCUUGCUUCCUUGAAAAGCAAAGGCAAGCAAGAACAGUUUUAAAUUGCAACCACAUGUAAGCUGAGAGGACAGUUAUUGGUGUUUUUGUUAAGCAUAAUUACCAGACCAGUUAAUGUAAAGAUCCGUUCUCCAUGAAAACUUGGAAAUGGUGGACUGUGAGCCUCAUGCCUGAAGUCUCAAAAGCCUUCAAGGUUUUCUGAAUGUUCAUGUAAAAAAGUCUCUCAAACACAAGAAAAAUAUGUUUUCUGCAUCACAAUGCAAUUCAUCGUUGUGGCUUAUUUGCCACUAUAGGAAUCAUGCAUCUCUUAAGGAAGUUUUGUACAUUCUUUUGUGGUUUUGAUGACUCCAUACUAAACAUUUCAUAUAAAGAAGGACCACUUCUAAUUCCAGUUUCUCCCUCUCCUCUAUCUAGAGUCAUCUAUGAUGACUCCAAAAACAUAUUCUUUUCAAAAGAUUCUUUGGAGCCCAGCUCUGUGUGUUCUGCAAAUUACCCCCCUUCUUUUCCUUCAGUUUAUGGUAAUCCCCCACCCCUUCCACCUAGACUAUACAUCAUUUUCUUAAAUUGGAGCGUUGUGCACAUAUAUAUGUGUGUGUGUGUGAGAACCAAUGUGAGGAACUGAAGGAGGAGUCAGACUCAGAGUUUUACUGAAUAAUACCAUCUUUGUGUGUUCCUGCUUUAUAAAGUGCCCCAUGUGUGCUUUUUGCCCUUUUACAUCUUAACCCUUGUGCUCACACGGAUACGGCUUUUCCUUCUUGGACCACAGAAGUCCACAUCCAACUUUGCAAUGGGAGCGAGGGUGAGAGUUUUGCUGCUACUUCUCGGAGCAACUGCUUAUGUGUCAAUUGCUCAAACUAACAACAAUGGCAAGCAGCAGCCGCGCAGCCUCUGGGAUGAGCCCAUCCGAUUCAGCACAAAGACUAAAGACUUGUGCACCAUGGUUGUAUCUGCAGCAGGGAACUACACUCGCCUGCGCGUGUCCUGCAGAAAUCCGAGCCAGGCAACAGGACGGUCCUACUACUGUGACUUCCAAGGCAAACCCAGCCUGUGCCGUCCCUACAGCACCAACCCUCGCCAUUACUUCACCCAGAUGAUGUGGGAGCUGAGGAAGAUGAAGCAUGCCUGCCAGGGAGCCAAACUUUACCGACCACAUAUGUGCAGGAACUACCCAGAUGAGGCUCAAAUGACCUUCUUGACCUCCUGGCCCAAGACUAGCCCUCCCAAGCAGGCAAAGCCUGUUCAGGACCUGCCAGCUCAGACAAAACCCAUUGAUACUCCAAAACCCAUGAAGCCGAAUAAACCCAAACCAGGCAGGAGCCCCCAGAACAAGAGAACCACCCCUAAAACUUUGAUGACCACCACUUUGGCCACAGAGCAGCCAGACUCCAUGGCAUCCCACCUUGCCUCUGAGUACUGCUGGAAGAGUCUCCAAGGAAUCUGUGCCUACUUCAUCAACUGGUUCCAAAGCUAAGAUUGUGCUGCAGAUGCCUCCAGGCUGGACUGAUCAACAAUCCACUCUUCUAUCUGACUUCUCUGGUUCUGUGUGAGGACAUAACUCCUGCAUUAAAAAAGAGAGGGACUCACAGAGAAAACAUUGUAUGUUUCCAUUUAAAAGCCAUGUAUGAUGUAUGAAUUCAAAUGUAUUCCCAAACAAAUUAACAUAAUAAAGUUGUUUUGAUCUUCU